AUGGCGGCAAGAACAGGCUCCGUGACCGCGCAGGAGAAGGUCACAUCGGUGUUCGAUAGGACACACGAGCAUGCCGUCAUCGACGACACGGCGACUCUGGAUGAACAGACACUGACAGCACUGGGCUAUAAACAGCAGUUCAAACGAGAUUUCUCCAUUCUAGAGAGCUUCAGCGUCAGUUUCGCGGUACUCGGGCUCCUCCCAUCUAUUGCAUCGACCAUCUCCUACUCGCUCGGAUACUCUGGAACCGGCGGUGCAGUAUGGGGUUGGUUGAUCGCUGGAUUGGCGAUCCAAACCGUUGGGUUCUCCAUGGCGGAACUCUGUUCAUCAAUGCCAACUGCGGGUGGUUUAUACUAUGCAUCUGCAUGCCUUGCUCCUCCCGGAUGGGGUCCAAUCUGCAGUUGGUUCGUGGGAUGGUCUAAUUUCUGCGGAUUCGUGACUGGGCCUUGCUCCCUCAACUACACGUUAGCGUACAUGAUCACGACUGCCGCUGCCAUCUCCAACCCAGACUACACAGCCAAAGACUGGCACAUCUACCUAAUCUUCCUCCUGAUCCUCGUCAUCCAGGGUCUGAUCGCCAUGCAGAGCACCAAGGUCAUCGGUUGGACAAAUGUCGCAGGGACCGUAUGGAAUGUCAUCAUGAUCCUCAUCUUUGUGAUAUGGUUCCCUGUGGGAUCUAUCAAUCACCCAAAGACGAACAAUUCCCACGAUGUGUGGACGACUUUUGAAAAUGGAACCGAGUGGCCGAUAGGAUGGGCUACCAUCAUGGGUUUCUUGACUGUGAUUUGGACGAUGAGUGGCUAUGACUCUCCUUUUCAUCUCACAGAAGAAUGUAGCAACAGUGCGAUAGCCUCGCCUAGGGCUAUAGUAAUGACAGUGCAAUCCGGACUAUACUUAGGCUUUGCCAUCAUCUUGGUUGUAGUCUACACCGUCAAGGAUAUCCAAGACGUCGUGGCCGGGCCCUACGGCCAACCCUGGGGCAGCUUGUGUCUCCAAGUCCUAGGGAAGAAGCAAGGCCUGGCUAUGUUUGCCUUGACCAUGGUCGCGCAGUUCUUCUGUGGGUUGGGAUGCACUGUCACCGUCUCACGCAUCGUGUUCGCGUACAGUCGUGAUGGUGCGAUCCCCUUCUCCAGGGUUUGGUCAACAGUCGACAGGAGAUUCAAGACGCCGGUGUAUGCAACUUGGGGAGUCCUCUCUGUUGGUGCUCUCCUUGGAUUGCUGCUCUUCGCUGGCCCCGUUGCUAUUAAUGCGGUAUUCUCGAUCGGCGCAAUCGGGCAGUACACCAGCUUUACUACACCCAUCGCCCUCAAGCUCUUCUUCAACAACGGCAGAUUCAAGCCUGGUCCAUGGCACUUAGGAAAGUUCAGCAAGCCCCUCAAUGUCAUCGCAUGCGGAUGGUGGCUUCUCAUCGUCCCAGCAUUGUGUUUCCCAGCAUACAAGGGAAAGGACCUCACGCUCCAAACGAUGAACUGGACUUGCCUCAUCUACGGUGGUGCCAUGCUUAUAGCUAUGGUAUGGUAUGUCGUGGAUGCGCGGAAAUGGUUCAAAGGACCUCGCAUCAACAUCGAACAUCUCGACACUUUGACGGCGGAGGAUUCUCAGGCUUCGGACGAUGGGACGCCGGGCGUGAAGAAAGAGUAG